GAAGACCGGACUAGCAAGGAGAGUGAUCCCAGAUCUCCUGCGGAAAGAGCAGCAAGCUACAGCUUAUUGAGUGAAGAGGAAAGAUGGAAUAUUCUUAGAAAUCAGUUGUUAGCUAGGUAUCCACCACGAGAAAAUGAUCCGGCAUUCCCAAUCAACCCGACCAUUGGCUCUUCUACCAGGAGUGAUUCCUCCGAAUCACAAGUGACUGACAGAAUCGGAACCAAAAAUUGGUGUUCAUGCCAGAAUUGCAUUGCAAUGCCCACGAACGUUGAAGCCGUUUGCUGCCAAGAACUUGAGGAAGUCAAAGAAUAUAUUCCACCAGGAAAAAUUUGCAUAACAGAAGUUGAAAUUUUCAAUACAGUGGUAGCCUCAGAUAGACUAAUACCAAUAAUAAACAAUAUAGUAUUUUAUGACGAACGACCAGAGGUAGAUCCUGAUAACAACAGGAGAUUAAGAAAAAUAGCAUAUAGGACAUAUAUAUCCUGUAUCUAUGGCUUCCUAGGGAAAGGUAACAGGAGGGUGAUCCCGUCAUGUGCAGUCAACAUCAUACGCCUGCUUUUUCCAGAUCCCAAUGGUACAUAUGUAGGAUUUAUGUAUUCUGAGGACUAUAAUGCAUCAGAGAUGGCUUAUCAUUAAUUAUUUAAUUUAAAAUGUUAAUUUUUGUUGUUGUCUUUUUUUUUUGGUUGUUUUUUCAUAUAUUAAAGUUUUGUAUGUAAUUUAACAUAAUAAAAAGAGUUAUAUUUAAAAUAA